AUGUCAAACUUAUAUGGUCAGAACUUCAAAUCCUCGCCUGCUAGUGCCCAUUCUUCUACACACAUUUGGGCUAAUAUAGAUGGUGGGAGCUCAUAUCUGGAAAGGUUGUUAGAAGAGAAGGAGAAGGUGGCUUUCUAUGUACAAGACAUUCCUAUUUGCAAUAAAUUGUUGAAUCAAGAGAUACUGAAGAUUUCUGAGAUGAUAUCCAACCAUGGUUAUAAUGACUUUGAAAGACUACAGUUUGGAAGCCCUAAUCGUUUGAAUCAUAAUUUAAGUCAUUGGGAUAUAAAUUAUCCUCUUCAACAUCAGACAACACUACAAGGACCUCCAAUUGGUCAUGGCCAAAGUUCCUUACUUACAAAGAAGUUGGUACGCCUGGAUGUGCCUGUUGAUAGAUUUCCUGGUUUCAACUUUGUGGGAAGGCUCCUUGGUCCUAGAGGCAAUUCCUUGAAGCGAAUAGAAGCUCUCACAGGAUGUCGUCUCUUCAUCAGAGGAAGGGGUUCCAUGAAAGACCCUAACAAGGAGGAGCGUUUGAGGGGAAGACCCGACCAUGGACACCUUAAUGAACCACUUCAUAUACUGAUCGAGGCAGAAUCACCUGAAAAUGUUGUUGAUUUAACACUCAAACAAGCACAGGAAAUCAUCCAAGAAUUGCUCAAACCUGUGACUUAUUCUAAGGAUCUAUACAAAAGACAACAGUUACGAGAACUGGCUACACUGAAGUCCCUCUUUGGAGAAGACACCUCUAAGCCCAGUAGUAGUAAAUCUACACGCAGGUGUGGCACAAUGAAGCGUGCCACAACCGCUAGGAAAGGGACUAUGUAG